AUGACCACAACCAUCCUCUCCCUCCUCUUCGCAGCCGCAGCAGCUGUCUCGGCCUCAACCCUCCCAUCCCCAACCCCAACCCAAACACCAACAACCCUAGCAACAACAACAGCAGCCCCCAUGACCACACCCGCAGCCUCAACCCCAACCUGCGGCCCCGGCUCCACCCUCAUCCACACAACAGACUGCACAAUGGGCACCCCCGUCUCCUACUGCUACAGCGCGCCGCCCCCGAUCUCCUGCUCCGCGGGCUUCUUCCCAGGUGUCUACCACCCAGGACACUGCAUCGAGGCCUCGACGUGCUACCCCGUGGACGCGAGCUGGAUUACAACCAAGUGCUCGAAUGGCGGGAUCCCGUGGUCGACGUCGACGCUGUAUGAGGGUGUGCUUGCCGGUGAGACGACUAGCACGACGAUUAGUAUUGUGUCAUGCUCCUGCGCCAGAGAUCAAUGGUACAGUAUGACCUUGCUGCCUGGGCAUUCGACUGUGGAUACCUUCUGCAUGCCGUCGAGUAACUGUCCUGCUGGGAUGAGCACUGCGACCUCCACCAACGAGUAUUGCGUUACUUCGCCGGCGGCGUGUGCGAGCGAGGGGAUCCCUACGACGACGGCGAGCUGCCAGUGUGAGCAGCCGGGUCAGACUGCGGUUUAUCCGACCGAGGUGGGAGCUGCUGCGACAGGUUGUGCUUGA